UUAUAGAUUUAGACAUUUUGCUAUAAAUUUGUUUCCUAAAAUAUCGUAACGUUUGUUGAGGCGGAUACGCAGAAGCUCGUCUGCGCAACUGCUGCGCAUAAUUGAGUCACAUAUGAGUCCCAGCCGGCAUGAGCCGGAAGUGUUCUGACGAACCACCCCAGGAGGAGGGGAUGGAGGUGGACUGUAAGCCAGAGGACCUGUCUAUGUGUUCGUAUGAGGAGCGCUGUGUGGAGCUGGGAGAGGUUAAAGACAUGCGGCUGGAGGCAGAGGCGGUGGUCAAUGAUGUGCUCUUCGCAGUCACAGACAUGCACGUCUCUCACAGUCUCACCAGCGGACUAGAUAUGGCGUAUAUAAACGUGGAAACCAGAGAGGGAAACCGAUACUGCUUAGAGCUCACCGAGGCAGGGUUAAAGGUGGUGGGUCACACCUUUGAUCAGGUGGACGAGGGCUUGAACACCCAGUAUCAUGAGACUGUUUACUCGCUGCUGGAUUCCCUCAGCCCCGGAUAUAGAGAAGCGUUUGGAAAUGCUCUGCUACAGAGACUGGAGAGGCUCAAACAAAAUGGACAGUGACGGGUUCAGUAUUAUUUUGCUUGCUAACAGUUUUACCAAGUCCUGUGCCGCUCUCAGCUUUAAGCAUCAGUGGUACCUUUAUCAGUUUUUAGCCUGUGAUAUGUUUUAACAGAACUUCUUGGUGUUAAUUUGACAAACUGACUUGCCUGUGAUGUUUUAAAGUAUUUUACUGUUAUUUAGAGAGGUAUCAUUGGAGGCAGCGCUAUAACACAAUGGGCCCAGAUGAAAACUCUGUUUUUAUUUAACAUUUAUGCAAGUGAAAUAACCCUCAGAAAUGCUGUUAUGUGGGCUAUGGAAAAAUGUUUGAACUAAAAUCUUAUGUUAACAUACAAGUGCUCUGAUUUUGGAUUAACUGAGUCCUGUAAAAUGAGUUUUUGAGCUCCAUACUGUACUUCUGUCUACUGUACAGCAUGGUUCUUUGAGGUAUUAUCAUUAAAAACAUAUCAGAUGCCUUACUACUUUCAUUCAAAUGUGUAAAUUUAACCUGUUUACCAGAUAGUGGUUGUCUGAAAAAAAUCCUGAUACAUUCACUUUCUUCUCUUGGCUUGCUAUUGAUAAUGUAUCGAACUCCAUUUGUGACUGUAGGAAUAUAUGUCUAUUGCUUUGUUUUCUUUCUCAAUCUGUCAAAAACAGGAGAAAGGACUGAUGAGCCAAAAAAAAAAAAGGUAUUUUUUUGAAGAAAAGAGACAUUCAUCAGCUUUCUUAAAACAGUGCAUUUUAGCACUGAAACAGAAGCUUUAUACUUCUGAGUUGAGCAGAAUCUUUUCCCCUGCAAUUUCAUUACAUAACAGCAUGUUUGUGUGGAUGUCAAUGCUUGACUUUUUGUUGUAAAGAGAGGGACAUUUCCUAUGGUUGAUGAUAGUUCUGUAUCAGCAAGAGCCAAUAUAUCAUGUAUUGGUGGUUUUUUUAAAAAUUUUAAAUUUUUAUUGUUUUGGGGAUGAAAGAUUUUAAGUUAUGUAGAACCUUUGCUUGACUGGUUAAAACAUGUUCAAUACUGCGCAGAAUUGCACUAAAAGGUAAUAAAGCAGCCAUUUUCUGGCUUUCUUUGAAAGGGCUGCGUAAAAAUAUGCUACAAAAGUUACAUUCCAUUUCUUUUAGGUUUAGAACAGCAUUUAGAUACUUAAACGCAUACAGGAAGUUCUUGUAUGAUGGGUUUCUACCUCAUGUUGUUUUUAUUUUGGCCAUCUUUAGCAUGCCUGUGAAAUUGAUGUGUGUUUCCAACUGGUUUUGGAUAAGGUAGAUGAUAAUGGUAUGCCGUUUUGUGAUAACAGGGCCAAUGAACACAUGCGGUCCUCUGGUUAACAAAUUCCUGUCAAACACAAUACACUAAUCUCUGUCCCAAACAAGCAUCCAAAUAAUUUACAGAAUGUUUGCUCAAACAUCCAAGAGGAAAACGAGUAUGAUGUACAUGGCACAAAUAACUUCUGUACCUGUAACUUCAUUUCUGUAAGAAAUGUUGCUCGCUUUUGUUUCCUUGUAAUAAAAAGCACACAUUCAAAUGUUA